AUGGAUGUCGAAAGAGCCAACCUUCUUCGUCGAAUAAAGGAAAAUGAGAUUCAAGAACUAGUGGUGACAAAGAUCGUCGCACGUCUCAUUUGCAACUCUCCUCAAGAUUUGGUGUCAGCUCUUCAACAGAACACCAGCAUUGAAAACUGCAGUGUCAUUCUUAGAGUUUUGAACCCUGAGCAAAUUCAAUGGGAGCAACAAGUGGAGUUCCUGCAAGCCAUUGCGUCACUAGCAUCACUAAAGGAAUUCAGGUUCGCGACAACCUCAAGUGGCUUCACCGAUUCGGCGCUUCGAUUAUUGACAGUGGUUCUGAAUGGGUGUUCUAGGUUGGAGAAAUUGACAUUGCAGACAAUUCAACCGAACCAUGAUGGACUGACAUCAGAAGUAUUCACCAAUGGAGCAGGACUGUUGUCUGAAUUCCGUGGCACCCUCUCCAAGCAAGCUAGUCUUGAAACUCUGUCGUUGGAUGGAAUAGACGAACGAUUCGACCUUGGUGGAGUCAUGGAAGUUCUCCAGUCGUUGCCGUCUAUCAGGCACGUGUAUCUCAAAGCGCAAGCAGUGACCAAUCGAUACGAUAGAGACACUAUGAAAUGUUUUCUCCAAUCUCGAGCUGCUGGUGCAAGUACAUUGUCCCUCAAGCGAUUCCUAAUGCCAGACAUUUUGAGCCCCUACUUUUCACUUUUGGCAACCAACAGCACUCUUUUGGACUUGUGCCUAGAGCAAGUGGGAGUUAAUGGAGAAGGUUGUGGUACUUUGGCGCAGUCGCUGUCGCAAAAUUCAACGCUGGAGAGGUUGAGCUUGGCUUACAACGGAUUGUCUGAUGUAGCUGGAUGUAUCCUGUUUUCAUCAUUGAAGAGUAACGCUGGAUUGACUGAUCUCAAUAUUGCUGGCAAUUUCCUUUCGACAGAUUCAUGUCAAGCGCUAGCGGACUUGCUAGGAGACCCUUCUUCGCUCUCAGUGUUGGCCAACUUGAACCUUGCUCAGAACAUUCUAAUUCGGGAUGACGGCGCUUGCAUCAUAGCUUCAGCACUUGCGAGUGACAAAAGGAUCAGACACUUGAACCUUUCUGAGAUGAGACUAAGCAAAAUCACGUCUGCCAUUUUGGAAACUAACCUUGCUUCGAAUCAUACAUUACAGCGACUGAACUUUUCAAAGAACUCACUAGGGGAAUCCGGCGCUGCUCAUAUGGCGAACCUUUUGCGAGACAACAGGACGCUCCUUCAUCUAAAUCUAAGUGAUACCAAGAUUGGUCCCAAAGGAUCAGAAGCACUAGCGAAAACUCUUACCGAAGACAAUGACACUCUGAUCUCCUUAAAUUUGGGAGGGAACAGUAUGAUACUCUAUCCAAGGUACCUCGAAGCUAUGAUUCUAUCCAACUGCACCCUUCAGCACUUGUGGUUGGCUUCCCAUCUAUUGGAAAAUGACAGUCCUAUACCAGCCUUUCUAAAAUUGAAUAAGUUUGGAAGAAGUCGAAUGCUACAAGAAAGGAACAAUUCAUUGCUCUGGAAAUCAGCUCUAGUCGAAUUUGCAUCGGAUUUAGGUGUAUCUUACUACCUCCUUCGAAUGAAUCCGGCUAUAAUCUCUUGGAUAUAG